CCGCACCGACCUCGACGCCACAGGAAAAAUAUCACCGGAUCUGCUCCGGCUCGGCGUGGACUGCUCCGGCUCGUCGUGGACUGCUCUGGCUCGCGGUGGACUGCUCCGGCUCGCGGUGGACUGCUCUGGCUCGCGGUGGACUGCUCCAGCCGGCAUCGCAGGCUUUGAGCGAGAAGAACAAACUAUCUGCUCUUCAGAAUAUCUAUCCUCAUCAUAUGGGGCGUUCAGGAUAUGUUCUUUCCAUACCGAAAUGGAAAGAGCAAGGAUUAUCAGAUCAGUUUCUUACCAGUUCAGAGGUAGAUUCAUCGAACUCUAGCACAACCACUACUGAUGAUAUAUCUAGACAUGUCAGAUGGUUUUGUGCAAGAUCAGGAUUAACAGCGGAUGGUCGCUUAGUGUUCCCUGGUAAUACUGAGGGCAUGCGUGAGAAAAAAGAAAAAUUGGAUAAAGUUAAAGCAGAUGUAGCAACAGGGAAUUGGAAGCCAACUGGACGUCAUGAUAUUCUAACUGAGAUUGUUGGGAAGCCAGAUUAUCCUUGACGUGCACGUGGCGUCGGUGGUGGUGUGGGUUUUACACGUGUCUUUGAUCGAGACCUAAGAAGUGGGCGUCGAGAUAAAGUUGGUAAUUUGAGUGAAGCUGACCUAAAACAGUUGCAAGAGCGGUUGGUAAAAGACAUGCAACACUACUUCGUUUCAAGAGGUGAAGUACCUACCGGGGAUUCAAUGACAGCUUCUGAGGCGGCCCAUGUGGAUACCAUGAAUUCUGCUGCACCUCGUCUUAAAAAAAGUUUCACGGAUGGUGUAUCUUGUAGGCUAGCCGUUGAGUCACACACUGAAUGUGGUGAUAAGAGCUUUGAUUUUGUUGCCAUGGCGGUAGCCUACAACACGCCUAGCGGGGGGCUAAUCCACAAUGUGCCGAUGUCUGAAAACACCAUUAAAGUGAACAUAUCUAUGGCAUAUCCAAACUUUGAAAAUUGUCCCUUGCUAUAUCCUAAUGAAGUCGCUGAUAUGAAUUUUGUAGCAGAUGUUGUAGGUUCUUUUGUUCAGUGGCCAACGCAGUUAGUUUUUUUUUUAGGGAGAGGAACCACCAUCUAAGCCAAAAAAGAAGGAUGUUGCAAAAAAGAAACUGCCUUUUAUCCCGAGGGACUCACCAAAAGUAAUGGUUGAACCCAGCUCAUGUGCAUUGGUCAGUGAGGCUGUUCUUCAUUCACUUACUGAUGAUCUUUUAAGAUUGCAUGAGAAUCUUGAGUGGUAUGAGCCCGACCUUUGUAAGUUUUCUAUACCUCUUCCUGCGGAUGUGUUCUGUUAUGUUAAAGAUAUGCAAUUUGGGACCACUGUUGACCGUGAAGACUUGAGUCAAUUUCUUGAGGGUGAUUCUGUUGAUAUGUCUAUUAUUCAGACCUUUAUGCUUUGUUUAAAUGCUAAAUCGAUUGAGCUUGGUCGUGAUGAUGUGGGUCUUUUGUGUCCUCAUAUUCGUUCUUUUGGAUAUUAUGAAGUCGAUAGAAAAGGCACACUGACUUACAUGAAGCAUGCUCUGAUUGAAUUCUUUGAGAAAAAUUUCAUUAUGUUGGCAUAUAAUGAAGGGUAUCACUGGAUUGUGAUUGUAAUUUGUCCAAAGGUUGAUAGAGGCUAUAUCUUCAAUUCAUUGCCAAGUUCAUCCCAUAUUGCUAUUCAAAACGACUUGACGAUGAUGUAUAGGGUUGCUUCCACACAAAAGGGUCGAGGCAAAUCAAUUAAGUGGCAUGACAUCAAGUGUGCAAGGCAAACAGGCAAUACAGAAUGUGGGUACUAUGCCAUGAAAUUUAUGUGGGAAGUAAUAUCUUAUGUUGGAAAUUCUGAUAUUGGACAGGUUUGGAAUUCAAGAACUCAACCAUAUUCGAAGGAAGAGUUUGAUGAAAUCAGAAAUGUGUGGGCUAGAUUUUUUGUGGAUGACAUUAUGAAUAUGUAGGAUUUGUAGAAAUUUGAAGAUGUUAAUGUAAUUUUUUUAUUGUGUUAGAAUAUUUGAACUUUUAUGGAGUUGAAUUCUGAUUGUACGUUUAAUACGGAG